CGCCGAGCCGCGCCCCCUGUCAGAAGCAGCCAUUGUUCUGCCGGUCGUGCGGGUCGCGCCCGGGUAGGUAACUCCGGUCCUCUCUCCAAGUUCCGGCUCUUCCUUAAUCCUGGGAGAGGGGCCGGUCCCUGGUUCCGAACACUCUGGAGUCCUCGGGCUCGGGCCGCCAUGAGCAAACGCAAGGCGCCGCAGGAGACUCUCAACGGAGGAAUCACCGACAUGCUGACGGAACUCGCGAACUUUGAGAAGAACGUGAGCCAGGCCAUCCACAAGUACAACGCUUACAGAAAAGCAGCAUCUGUUAUAGCAAAGUACCCACACAAAAUAAAGAGUGGAGCAGAAGCUAAAAAACUGCCUGGAGUAGGAACAAAAAUUGCUGAAAAAAUUGAUGAGUUUUUAGCAACUGGAAAAUUACGUAAACUGGAAAAGAUUCGGCAGGAUGAUACGAGUUCAUCCAUCAAUUUCCUGACUCGGGUUAGUGGCAUUGGCAUUUUUUCCCCCCAAAAGUUUUAAAUUAACACCUCAACUUUGUCUAUCUUCUAUUCAGAUCUCAGAAAAAAUGAAGACAAAUUGAACCAUCAUCAGCGAAUUGGGCUGAAAUAUUUUGAGGACUUUGAGAAAAGAAUCCCUCGUGAAGAGAUGUUACAAAUGCAAGAUAUUGUACUAAAUGAAGUUAAAAAUGUGGAUUCUGAAUACAUUGCUACAGUCUGUGGCAGUUUCAGAAGAGGUGCAGAAUCCAGUGGUGACAUGGACAUCCUCCUGACCCAUCCAAGCUUCACGUCGGAAUCAGCCAAACAGCCAAAGCUGUUACAUCGUGUUGUGGAGCAAUUACAGAAGGUCCAUUUUAUUACAGAUACUCUGUCAAAGGGUGAAACAAAGUUCAUGGGUGUUUGUCAGCUUCCCAGGAAGAGUGAUGGGAAGGAGUAUCCAUACAGAAGGAUCGACAUCAGGUUGAUACCCAAAGAUCAGUAUUACUGUGGUGUUCUCUAUUUCACUGGAAGUGAUAUUUUCAAUAAGAAUAUGAGAGCUCAUGCCCUAGAGAAGGGUUUCACAAUCAAUGAGUACACCAUUCGCCCCUUGGGAGUCACUGGAGUUGCUGGAGAACCCCUGUCAGUGGACAGUGAGAAAGACAUCUUUGAUUACAUCCAAUGGAAAUACCGAGAGCCCAAAGACCGGAGCGAGUGAGGCCCUCCUGAGCACAGCCCAGCAGUAGUCUAACUUAUUUCUUCAUCUCUGCUCUGCAAGGGUUUUGGUGUUUUUAAAUGAUCGUUUCUUCCUCAUACUUCAGUUUGCACUGUAGUCAGUAAAGCCUCUUGUACUGUUACUG